AUGGAUGUGAAAAGUUCCCAAUCCAUUAUCGAAAUUGUGAUCGAGCAAACAACAAUAACAUCACCAGACUCUGGCUCUUUGUUCUUCAUCAAGCAAUCUUUGAUAUCAAUUUUGGCUAAGUUACAUGCUGGCUACUUUAGGAUUAGCCUUUCUCUAUGCAGUCAAGCCUUGCUAUGGAAAAUCCUUGGAGAAUCUGCGGAUGAUGCUCAUGCUCUUAGACGCGUGUUUCGAAUGCUACCCUCCACAGCUUUUGUUCUUCUCUGGUCACUGGCCCUCUUCACAUUAGCCUCACUCUCUCUUCUUUACAUCCUUAGAUGUUUGUAUCACUUUGAAAUGGUGAAGGCUGAGUUCUUGCACCAUGUAGGAGUGAACUAUCUUUUUGCUCCUUGGAUUUCCUGGCUUCUUUUGCUUCAAUCAUCACCAUUUAUUACUCCAAAAACCGUGUACUAUCUAGUUCUGUGGUGGGUUUUUGUGGUUCCGGUUGUGAUUCUUGAUGUCAAGAUCUAUGGCCAGUGGUUUACUAAAGGAAAGAGGUUUUUAUCUGCGGCCGCGAAUCCGACAAGUCAGCUAUCAGUGAUAGGGAAUUUGGUAGGAGCCCGAGCUGCGGCGGAAAUGGGGUGGAGGGAGAGUGCUGUUUGUAUGUUCUCUUUGGGCAUGGCACAUUAUCUUGUCCUGUUUGUUACGUUAUAUCAAAGGUUAUCAGGAGGGAACAGCCUGCCUAUAAUGUUGAGGCCCGUUUUCUUCUUGUUCUUUGCAGCUCCAAGUGUGGCAAGCUUGGCUUGGGACUCCAUUUCUGGAAGUUUUGAUUACUCAUCAAAGAUGCUCUUCUUUCUCUCGCUCUUUCUCUUCUUAUCCCUGGUUUCUAGGCCAACCUUAUUCAAAAAAUCAAUGAGGAAGUUCAACGUAGCAUGGUGGGCUUAUUCUUUUCCUUUGACGGUCCUGGCUCUGGCAUCAGUAGAUUAUGCACAGGAGGUGAAGGGCCUCCUUGCGCAUGGAGUAAUGCUUGUGCUGUCGUCCCUAUCGGUUCUGGUGUCUCUUUCACUAAUGGUGUUCACUGCGCUCAAUACGAAUAUGCUGUUCCCAGAAAAUGAUCCCUGUUUUAAGACCUAA